AUGCUUCGUUGCCCCAUCUCGUACGUGGGUCUCCUCAGAAACUGUAAGCUCAAAGUUUGUCUAUCGUUAGUAAACACUAAGCUAGCGGGUUUUAUGAUUAAAGGAGAGCAGUGUUCCGUAAUUGUCUUCCCUAGAGUCCAUUUAAGGGUUCCAGGAGAUGGUAUCCAUAAAAAACAAGGUGGAUUCCUAGAAAAGUCUAUUGUUUGCCAAUCUUGUGGUCACUGGAGUCUGAUUGAACGGUUUUUGUCUCGGUGGAGUCUAGAUUUGAGUUCUCGAUGGUGUGCCCUUAUUGAGCUUUUCUUAGGUGUCGGUGUAGGUAGUAGGAUAGCGUUAUAUAGGUAUAGAACGCAUAAGCGCGAUAACAUCUCCAAAUGCUUCUUUCUAUCCUCGAAUUCACAUGCACCCCUCGAGAUGAUUGUUACUAUACGGACUCUGUUGUACUUAGCUACCCUGAAGGAUUUGUAUCUUCAACUGAACUCGGGUCUAGUGAUAUAUUGGUUCACAAAGGGGCAGCAAAAGAGCAUGUCACUCGGGAAUGGUAUAUUAAUCAAUAUACCAACCGAACUCAUAUCUAAAGUGUUACCAGCAGUUGAUAUGAGAUCUAUGUCUGUGAACAUCCGACUUUCUCUUAACCAUGCCAUAAGAGGGUUCAGAUCCCCUCUUGCACACAUGCUUUCGUUAUUACCACAGUAUCUAAAAUAUCUGAAAGCAGAGAUACUGAAACCGGCUUAUGGGUUGCCUAAGCACAUUGACAGCUUAUCAUUUCUCGUACUCUAUGACCCUUGGAAUCGAUGGAUGGCAGGGAGUGGGACUCGCGAACUGGACAGUAAAGUGACAAUAGGGUGGUCACUCGGAAUACUUUUGUUAGGGAAAGCCUAUCCCCUUCCCUGGGUAUCACGAACAGGGCAUCACAACCAUCAUUCGAGGAAUGUUUCCAUUCCGAUAGUGGCAUCCGGAGUCCUCCCUACUGAUCCUUCGGAGCCGGGGUGCAAAGGAAGCAAGAGCACUGGGAGUACGAAUAUCCUUAGUCCUUGGAAGGGUGCUAUAUCGGUGGUGAUGCUUGUUGUCCCCGGUCUUGCUAUUGACUCCCUAGCUAGCUCAAAAGGAAUGCCUAACUCUGUUGAGACAGAUUGGACAGUUGGAGCAGCCGAUAAACCAGCCACAGCAGAAACAGAAUGA